AUGAACUCAAACACUAUACAGAAGGACAUUGCAGAGGUGAUUUCCAAUCUUCAAAAUCAUUGGAAUAUUCUGGAGGAAGAAUUGAUUGAAAUUAAUAAGGACAUUCAAUACAUGACUCACUGCUUGAAAAAGUAUGGAGAAAGCUUUCGGAUCCCACUCGAAUAUUUACAAGACUUGAAAGUGUAUAAAAAGAAUGCCAUGAGGGAUAUAAUAUCAACAAUGGAGACCUUUACAACCAAUCUGAAUGGUGGCAGAGUGUUGGCCAAUAAUCUAUCUCAUCACAUUGCCUCAUCAGAUUUUGUUCAACAGGGAAGAAGUAGUUGGAAUCCAUCUACAAUAACACCUCAGGCACAACUCGUAGGAAUGCUCUCAAGAGGAGAGGUUGUGACACUGACCACCAAGAAGAAGGCAAACUCUCCUGUUCACUAUAAACUCAUCACCAAAAAGCCAAAUCAAUCCACUCCCUCCCUGUAA